AAGCCAAACGCACACAAUAUCUGGCGGUCGCUUAACAAUAGGUUGUAUACGAUCCUAUUCAAUUAAGCGACUAUGUCGUCACUCUGAAGAGGAUGUUAUUCGUGGAAUGAACAUCGAAACUGUCAGUAAAGAAUUGAUCUAGUGACAGUGGAGGUGACUGGAAUUUCAGGACAUUGUAAAUGAGACGGAUGGCUAAAUUCGUACUGAGGAUCAUAUACUGUUCAGGUUCGAUAGCUGCUGGAAUUAUUCUGUUUGUGUGUCUGGCUUCAAAAUGUAAGGAAAAUGACACUCAAACACAACAUGCUGCCGAGAGAAUUUAUAUCCAGCCGGCCAUUAACGCUCUCGUAUCUCCUUCCAUCGACCAACUAAGGAUGAGCACAACGCGGGCGAUUUAUAGUGAAGAUAUUACCAUUGUGACCGCCUAUUUUGACAUUGGAACGUUUCAGAAGGGUAAUAAGAAACCACGAACAUUUACAAAGAAAAUGUACGAAAAACGUCUGGAAGAGUAUGGGCGGCUGACGAAUAAUCUUGUAGCUUUCUUUGACGAUCGACGAAUUUAUGAAAAUUUCAAAAAGAUUCGAGAAGCCCGAAUGAGGAAUACGAAACUGUUUCUCAUUAAUAGGAAUGAAAGAUUGAGAAGUUUCCAAAUGAUUGGUAAAGUGCGAGAGGUUUUAUCAUCUGACGGAUAUCCACAGUUCUCUCCUGAUACAGUUGUACCCGAAUACGGCUGUGCGAUGAACGCGAAGUAUGAACUCGUCCAGUGGGCCGCGAACGAAAAUUAUUUCAACACAUCUUACUUUGCAUGGUUUGAUGGCGGCUUUUUCCAAAAUCAAACCGACAGUCGUCCAUUUACUUUGGCCACACCGCCGGGAUUUGAUCCAUCGAAGGUCGCCUACGGUCAGAUAUUGCCACGGAAUAGAAACCUAUCCCCACGGCAGAUUUUUCUGACCAAUCAAUAUUGGGUCUGCGGAUGCGUGUUUCUUGCUAGACGUGACGUCAUGCAAAGAUGGACGCAGUUGUACAGAUCCUACUCGGAGGCAUUUCUACGGCAGGGCUUGGCCAGCACAGAUGAACAGGUCCUUUAUGCAAUGUUUUCUAACAAAAUAAAAAAGCCACCAAUUCGAAUACAAAUGUACUGGGAACGGCCAGCAGUAAAUAUAUGGAGUGUCCUCGGUUAUUUAAUGAAAAAUAACUGGAAUCACCGUUUCGGAUUCGCGUAACUUGGUGAUAAUUGCGGUAAGGCCCUAUAAAAAAAAUUAUUAGUUUAUCACCCGCUACCUCAUCACUUUUGAAGAAAAUCUGAUUUUUUCCCCCUUUUUUUUCAAUCAACAUAUAUUUUUAUUUCAAACGGU